AUGCACUCACCACCACGGUCUUCAGGUUACCGCACUUCGGGUACCGCCCCUUUUCCAAGCACCAGCUCUUCUAUCGUAUCCAGGCUAUCCGGUAGCGGAGGGGGUGGUGGCGGUGAGAGUGGAGGCCUUUGUAGCAGCAUUGGGAGUGUCGUGGAAGCUGGCGGACUUGGUCUUGGAUCGACUGGACCUCACAUCGACUUGCAACAUUCGAGUCCUACACCCACUCUGGUCGGUCCUGGGCCACAUUACCCCUUUCCGCCUGCUCUUCUUUGUGUAACCUCCAUGACAGAUGCCGCCGGCGACACUACAGCGAUUUCUGGGAGUAGCCCUGGGACUGGUGUUGCUAAUGGAGCUAGCGGUGCUAGUGGAGACCUGUCGGACUGCAGUAUAGAGGGUCUAGGACAUCUGCCUACAGAUGCACUUGGUCUGGCGCCUGCUAUGCUCCCAGCGAGUGGCUGGACUCAGUUCCAUACGCAUUCAGUCGCAUCCACCGUCUCGUCUGGAUCAACUUCCGCUCUUGCCGUCCCGGCUGCUCUGCCGGUAGCAGGACAUGCCUCACCCAUGCACCCAACAGGGCACCAAACUGGGUUUACACCUUCAAGUGGCCACUUAGGGAGCACGCAAACUCAGCUAUCACUUCCACCGCCGCCGGCACUGCCACCUCCCCAGGUUGCUUUGCGACAGCAGCAGCAGCAACCGCAGCAGUACCAAAUGCAGCAGAUGAACCGGAAUAAUCCCAAUCUCCAGCAUCCUGCGCCUGGCCCAAACAUGCUCACUUGUUAUCCUGGCCAAGCCUCGCUCUGGGCCUCAACUGUUACAUCCCCUCCUCCUCCUCAGCCUAAGCCUCCUCCGCAACCGCCGCCACCACCGCCGCCUCAACAUCCGCAAGUGUCAUCUCCUCCUGUCUCUUCUUCAGGUCUUCCUACUCCAGUAGUGACAUGUUCCUCCAUUGGGAAUGCUGGUCAAGUGCAUUUGUGA